CCAGGGACCUUCAGCGGGCCCAGGGGGACAAAAGUGGCUCUAAAUCCAGCACAUGCAUACUGAAGCAAGUUAAAGGAUUUAAUAUGAAGCACAGAAACAGAGAAUGCCAAAAAGCAAGCAGUACUUGGUACGCUUUUAGUGAGUGGGGCAGCAUUUCCUUCUCCCAGUGCUGCUGAGAUGGCGGAAAUUAGUCGAAUUCAAUAUGAAAUGGAAUACACCGAAGGUAUUAGUCAGCGAAUGAGGGUCCCGGAAAAAUUAAAGGUAGCACCACCAAAUGCUGACCUGGAACAAGGAUUCCAAGAAGGAGUUUCAAAUGCUAGUGUGAUUAUGCAGGUUCCAGAGAGAAUUGUUGUAGCAGGAAACAAUGAAGACAUUCCAUUUUCAAGACCAGCAGAUCUUGACCUUAUACAGUCAACUCCCUUCAAACCUCUGGCACUAAAAACACCACCUCGUGUACUUACGUGAAGUGAAAGACCACUAGAUUUAGAAAAACCUCCUCCAACCCCUCAAAAUGAAGAAAUCCGUGCAGUUGGCAGGCUAAAAAGAGAGCGCUCUAUGAGUGAAAAUGCUGUUCGCCAAAAUGGACAGCUGGUCAGGACUGACUCCAUACCUGUGUUGUGUGGUGGGUCUGCUGCUGCCACCUCUAACCCUCAUCAUGACAACGCCAGGUAUGGUGUUUCAAAUAUAGAUACAACGAUUGAAGGAACCUCAGAUGACAUGACUGUUGUAGAUGCAGCUUCAUUAAGACGACAAAUAAUCAAACUAAAUAGACGUCUACAACUUCUGGAAGAGGAGAACAAAGAACGUGCUAAAAGAGAAAUGGUCAUGUAUUCAAUUACUGUAGCAUUCUGGCUGCUUAAUAGCUGGCUCUGGUUUCCCGCUAGAGGUAACCUCAACUCUCAAAAAUAUUGUCUCAACAGCUGGAAAUAUAAAGAAUUUGCAAACUUCUUUAUUUCUGUCUUUGCAUUGUAUGCCGUUUUACAGUCCCCACCCUGAAAAUGUAUUUCUCCCAGAAAGGAUGGGGGAAAGACUUAUAUUUGCAGA